GGGACCCGGGCCCGGAUUUGGCUGAGGCGCUGGCGCAUGGCCGCGGAGCUGGUGGCUGCACGGACAAUGGGCCCCGAGCGGAUCUGUCCCAAUGAGCACGAGGAGCUGGGCCCGCAGGAGGUGCCUGAGGGAGCCCUGGACCCCCCCGGAGACUGGAGCAGCGAGGAGCCCGAGGAGGAGGAGGAGGAAGAGGGCGGCAAUGGCUACUUCUACCAGCCCCUGAGCCAGGAUCCAGAGCUGGGGUCGUGGGGCCAGGGUUCGCUGGCCCCUGAGGGGAUACCGGGCCCUGCAGAGACAGCCCCUGGCAUCCAGGAGCGAUUGCAGAUGCUGAGGCUGCACCUGCCGGACCCCCCUGUGGAUAGCGAGGAGGAGGACGAGGAGGACGGAGCUGCAGCUCAGAGCAGCCGAAGUUCCAUCCCCAUGGAUCCAGCACACGUGGAGUUGGUGAAAAGGACGAUGGCUGGCGUGAAGCUCCCUACCCUGGGGAUCCCUGCAUGGGCCAGCGAGAUCUCGGAUGAUCAGUGGACGGCUAUGGUGCAGCGAACGCUGCAGGCCAGGCAGAGUCUCAGCACCUCUAGGCCGGAAUGGAAAUGAAGUGCAGAGCCAGGGUCAGGUCCCUAUCAAGAGAGCUGAGUACAAAGUGCUACCCUGUGCACUUUAACCUCGGGUUAUGUAUGGGAGGCAGACCACCACCAUCCUUCUCUGGACGGGUCAAUGACCUCCCCCGGCGCUGAAGCGCUAAGAUGCUCAGUUUGUCUCCCACUGAGGAAAUCUGUUUCCUUGUCUCUUCCUUUCCCACUCCCGGCCGUUGGAUAGUUUGUCAGUUAUUGUGGUGUCCUCAUGCUAGCCCAGUAGUAGUUCUCUGCCCCCAAGGAACUGGACUGCCUUCGUAACUUCCCAGGGCAGAGCGUUAUUGUCUCUAGCCAGGUCUGUCUGUGAGGAACAACAGAUCUGCACUAGGUGCCCGUGGAUCACAGUGAGGGAAAGGGUAUUUCCCUCCUCACCCAUGCAUGUGCUGCCCCCAAGUGCUGUAGAGGGCAAACAGCUGUGCUAUACCAUGUCACAGGAGGUCGAGUCCAGCGUGUUGUCUUUUCAAGAGAUCCAUUUUAUUUAGUUCUGUACAUACAGGGACAUCUGUACAAAAUCCAACACUUUCAUACUAUAAUGCUCUACUGAAAAUAAAGUACACCAUAUGUACAUAUGACCUGUAAGCAGUUUAAUACUUGUGUCCAGGGGGUGACUGCAUUGUUUAGUUUUGCUUUUCCCUCAUGAAGGGAGGGGCUAUGUGAGAAGUGGCAGAGGCAGCUCCAACUCUGUCUGUGCGAGUGGGGAGGGCACAGGCAGAAUACUAGGAAAUAAAUGUUGUACAAAAGACAAGGGCCUGGCAGACAGUUACCAAGGGCCGUGUCCUGGCUGUAAUUCUGUCGGAUGAUAGUUCUGCAGAGGUGCUGCAUGCACUCACCCCUUUCUCACACUGCCCCACCUUACAGAUAUAGGACAUGGGAAUGAAUAGGCAGCAAACAAAAUUUAAUGUUAAAGUACUGAACACAAACUUCCCUGCCCCCAAGAAGAUUAAGAAGAGGGCUAUGUAUUCGUCUAAGUCAUCCAGCACACAAUGCUCCAUUCCUGUGCUGCAGGUACAACCCACCCAGGCAGUGGUGCUGUCCUGGUUAGACAUGGAAAGUUUCACUGCUGCUCACUUCAGGACAGGCACCAGAGCCCACCCCCAGGAAAAUCCUAGCCUGAAAUGCAGCUACAGCCUCCAUCUCUUCUACAGCCAAACCACUUCUCUACAGCGUUCAGGCCAUCUACUCCCGCUGCACUCUCCAGUGGGGCAGUGCCUGCUCCCUGGAACCUUCUGGAGCAAUUCAGGGGUGGGCUGACAGGCAGCUUGCUAAUGUGUGUUACAACCAAGGCCAAGCCGCCUUCUUAGUUCUUCCCCUUCCAUUCCCUCAGCCCAGUGCCCCUUUCUGCUCCACCAGUGUCAUAAAGGGCUCAGCCACCCAUCCCCACAGACUCUUGCCUACCUUCCUUGCCCCUACUCCAGUAUAACAGCUGCUACAUAGCCAGUGGAGGUGCUGGGCCAGGUAUGUGGUAAGUGUUAGCACCUGGCUCCAUGCUAACACUCACACUCAAAGUAAGCAGUAACCUCCCAAAUCUGAUUCAUGGAUCCAGAAGAGACUUGAAGUAGCCCCCAGUGUGAAGCAGACAGGAGAGGCCGUUCUGUUUGGGGCUGGGAGAGAAGAGAGAGAGAUCUCCAAAGGAUUAAAGAACCUACUAUGUAAAUUACCAUCCCCUCCACCUCUGCUGGGGGCUUCUGGGGGAAGACGGGCACAUCUAGCAUGAGGGAAUUCAAAAGAAUGUGAAUGAGCCAGGGUGUGGAAGGAAUGACUCAGGAGAAAGCUAAAUAGGGCGCGGGGGAGAGGAGAUACCUGUGAAGGGUUUAAACGAGAGGAAUUUAACAUGAGUUAGGGGUGGGAAUGAAGUAGGAGCAGUGGGGUGAAGUUAAGGAAGGAAAAACAGGCUGAAGGUCAGGAGUGAGAAGUAGGAGGCUAGAGCACUGUCUCCCACGGGGAACCCUAGCAGACAGACACCCCAGAGCUGGAGCAGGGAAUACCCUUAGACAGGCAGAGCAGAUAUGAUACUCUAGGGUUUUUCCAUUUGGAAAUGCAGUUAGGGCUUGAGUGGGUUGGCCGGUGCUGUCAAUCUGUUAUGAGUGAGGCCAGUAUUUGUUUAAAGGUUCAGCGAACCCACUCACGCCCUUUAAAAACUAGCCUCCCCAGGGUGACAAUGGGGAGAGCUGUGAUACAAAAAUCGAGUGCUCAGGAGAGAACCACCAAAACACUGCAGCACCCCAGCCAAUAGCACCCAUAGAUUACCUGCCAGGGUGAAGAUUACCUACCUGGGCUAUUGGCAAAUACAUUCCUAAGGAUGAAAUAGCAUAACUAGUCCCUUCUAUGCUACAAGAGAACAAACAGCUGCACAACAGACGAGAACUAGCCUCCUACAUGGCCAGCGUAAGGUGAGCCUUGAUCAACACCUGCAGCAGCUACAGAUUCCAAAAUGCAGAGCAACAGAAUGCUUCCAAACUUAAAGUGGCCCAAGACACGCCUAUAACUUUACUGCCGGCGGCUCACAGGAGCGAGGCUACCAGCACAAGCUUCCUGGACCCGACGGCUGGCGUAGCGAUGGAGCAGCGGAUGCCCCCGUGAUAUGGCAACGAACCG